AAAAGGAACUGCGCAUGCGCACUAACCACCUGCCUCUGACAUUGAGAACAGCUUUGCAUUUCCUCAUACUUUACAUUAGAAAAUAAACAGAUCCAUCAUGGUCAGCGGGAAGCGCAUCGCUGACGUGGGCUACAGGCUGUUUUCGGGCUCCAUGAUGCUGCUGACAGUGUACGGCGGGUAUCUCUGCGUCAUGCGGGCUCAACGCUACAUGCAGAGAAAGAAACAGCUGGAGCUGGCGGCACAGAGCGAAAACACGGCCUCAGAAAUCAUCAAAGAAUGAGGACUUAAUCACUAUAAUAGACACUGAUCAUGAGAAUAAUGUGGAGAUGUGUGUCAACAGAAACCUGCACUCAUUGGAAGCUUAUGUGGAGUUCAGUGGCUCAGAAUGAGAUUUGUGUUGUAAUAUAUUAAAUGUUCUUUGUAAAAGCGA